AUGAGUCCGUUCCUGCUAGGGAGGAGGCAGACCCGCGCUGCAUCUCCCCACUUGCCGUACGAGGCGCUGGACCCGGAGUGGGAGGCGCGCGAGUUCCACAAGUUCCGCGCUGCCGCCGGCGGCGCCCAGCGGCAGGCUCCGUAUGGCGCGUACCUGUUCGGGAGGCUCAUGCAGUCGGAUCUGCACCAAAGCUGCCGUCCCGCGCUGCCGCCGGAUGUCGACAAGCUCAACGGCUCCACCAUCCAGGGCAUGUGCAUCCUGCAGGUGGUGGACGUGGCCAACAUCGGCGCCAACUACGAGCACCGCACGGAGUUUUCGGCUGCAGGACCCACACGUACGCUCAAGCUCGGUCUCACAGACGGCCACCAAUUGGUGUUCGGCUUCGAGUUCGCCUCACUGCCGCAGUUCAGCGUCAACAUCGCACGCGGCACCAAGAUCGUGGUGGAGAAUGUCCCCGUGAGGCAUGGAUUGCUGCUGCUGGCUCCUGAUAAUUGCCAGCUACUGGAGACCACGACCGACCAACCAGCGCGCGGAAACGGACAGGUGCAACAAGCGGCGGAACCGAAUGGAGUUAGCGCUGGCGCGUACUCGGCAGCGCUGGUGACGUCGCAGUUUAAUCCAUCGGAGCAGUCAGCGCCGGAUAUUCCACCGACACGACCACAACCGCCACCUGCCAGACCCCCUAUUACGACCACAGCACCUAGCAGUGCUCCUCAAACAAACACAGCGAGAAGAGUAAAUUCAUCUACACCGUCAAACCUGGAGCCUGCAAGUCGUGCUGUUACAAGCAACACAGCGGCCAGCGCAAGCGCUUGGGACCCACCUAGAAGCGGCGCCAUACCAUCAGUGUUUGUUGAUGUACCUUCGUCAGACGAAGACAUGGACAGCGACACUACCGACCCAAUGGUGGAGCAUCUCUUCUACAGCCCGAAGACUCCUAGGAUUCCUGCUAGUUCGAAACCUUCAGCCCCUGCAUUCACGCCACUGGACCCAACUCGCCCGUUCCAGUACUUCACAGCAAGACUCCCAACACUGUCCAUGCCACUGCAGUCUACAGCAGCUACCAGAUUCCAGAUUCGCGCGUGUAUUAAAUCUGUGGUAGGGUUUCAAUUCAACACGGGGCGAUACCAGCUCCGAGUAUCCGUUGAAGAUUGCACGGCCACGAAAGAGGCUGACGUAGCUGAGGACUUCGUGACGAGACUCAUGGGAGUAUCGUGCUCAGAGUUCCUACAAACAAUGCAAACGAAGGUGCAAGUUGCGCAUGGCUGGGCGGCGAACAUGCAGUUCGCACUCAUGAACCUGGAAGGAGUUAUGACGUUUGAAAAGGGUGCGGCCGCUUCAGCUCCAGGCACAGCUCCACUAUUGCUGAUCGACUGUCGCGAUUUCCAGUCAUCCGAUACUCGAGAUCUACUGCAGCGAGUGAAAGCUUCGUUGUCUCGCGCACCCCGAUAA